ACGGAUAACCAGUGCCCUCUCCAGCUAGCGGCACGUCUUUUCCUCAUAGCUGUUCACUUACUUACAUAACUGUCCUCUAGUGCUAAAGCCUACCUGCCUAGACGGAGGUUACUGUAGGUAGGUACAAUCCUAGGUAGGUACCUUGGAAGGUAAUUCUCUUAUGCGCCUAGGUAGGAGGUACCUAGGUAGACAUAGGUGCCUAAGGUACCUACCUGGUAGCCCUGCCCUAGGCGCUCCGUGAGAUAUCCAGAGCUCUGAGUAUUAUGCAGUACAUUCCACCGACAUCCCUUCUGCAAACGUCUCUCUGCAAACAACCUAUAACCUCUGUCCAUCCUGGAGCCAUUUUCUUAAUCACCUACAUCGCGGAGAAUGUCUGAGCCCGCUCGGCGGAUUGCCAUCAAAUUCGGCGCACCGUCGUCGUCGAGAUCAUCUAAUGGCGUUAAGAAGCACGCUCGCCCACCACUACCUUCGACGUUGGGCAAGAGGCACCGAUCGCACGCGCUAAACCAUGACUCCGAUUCUGAGAGCGACGGGCAGACGUCCGGCCGACACGAGACUGUGACAACCAUAGGUGAAGAUUGGUCCGAAUCCAAGGCAAAGGAACACGCCACGUCCUCGGGCAAGUCCAGGAGCGCCGACGUGCCGUAUGUAAUCAGCGGUCACCAAAACCGCGACUGGAAGGCAGAAGUGAAGGCUCAAAGGACUGGGAAGGGCGCCGUACCGAGACAUGCCCACGCAAACCCGAGCGCAUCUUUAGAGCGGCACGCCGCCGACCAAGACAAGGAAAUCAAAUGGGGUCUAAAUGUAGUCAAGAAAUCGGAACGCGAUGACAUCAACUCCUCGAAUGAGACCGUACCGUCUCUUGCUCUCGGCCCCGAAACGAGUCCUCAGGGGGGUGACCGUGGGGAGUCCAAGGACGAAGAAAGGGACGCGAUGGAUGCUCUCCUCGGCAGGAAGCGGAAGUCGGCGGCAGAGCUCAUAAUCGAAAGCACACCGAGACGUGACACGGUCGCCGCGCCAUCGGAGCAAGACGUUUAUCGUCGCAGGAUGGAGGAGGCGGCAGAGAUCUCGACGAUAGACGAAUACAGCCAGAUACCGGAAGGGGAGUUCGGGGCGGCUAUGCUGCGAGGUAUGGGCUGGAAUGGGGAGGAGCGUGGCUCUAAGCCCAAAGAAGCCAAGAAGAGGCCGCACCUGAUGGGGCUCGGAUCGAAGGAGGAUGAGGAGAUCCGAAAGGGUGAGCUCGCUCGGAAACACGGACAUCGGGAGCGGAGACCACGUCUGGACGAGUAUCGCAGAGACAAGGAGAGGGAAAGACGUGACCGCGAGGAGCGUCGUGGCGACAGCUACAAAUCUGAACGCGAACGCGAACGACGAGACCCUAGUCACAGUCAUGGCCACCGAGACCGAGACCGAGACCGGACCGCCGGCCACGGACGCGCCGAGCGAGGUCAUAGAUAUUAAGCCGCGUGGGCCUAUAGGUUUGGCCCGUUCGAUUGAAUAUAAUUGUCCCUUCGCCGUUUCAUCGUCACAUGGCAUCAUACGUAGUGGCCGUGGGGGAAGGAUCCUGCCAUCCGGGUGUCCACGAUCGAAGAUCGAGUCUGGUCUGGAGAUGAAAUGUCUGCCGAAUUAAUCCCCUCCAGCCAGCUGGCUACCCCCUCGCCAGCUUAGCUAUGGUGCAAAUAACUAGAUACUGCUCAGGCCCGAGCGAUAGUAAGUGUAUAUGCGCUUCGCACAUUAAGGUUGCUUAAACACCAGCGUUCACUCAAAAUUGCGGCAGUCGAGCGCAGUAGCUGACCCGCGGGCGCAACCGAACUCGGGGCACCGUUCGGUGCACUUACUAGCCGGGGCCAGAGCGGCUAC